AUGAAGAAGCUGGUGCGUGAGGUGCUUGUGCACUGGGUGAUCUGCUGUCAAUACAAACAUGGCCCCACCAAACCGAAAGCACCGAUGUUCUCUUUCGGACAACGUUUUUGGAAGGAAAAUACUAACUGCUCUCCAGGACCAAGAUAUUUGAUUCCUUCCAACAUUACAAGACAUGGCCACAGUUGUGCACCUGCAUUUUCCAUGCACAGCCGUCCAGAAGAACGCCAAAUGGUCAAGACCCCUGGACCAUGCCACUACUCCCCAGAGCAUUCAGCGAAAGUGAAAUUUCCUUCAGCUCCUGCAUAUUCUCUAACUGGGAGGCGCAACCUGGACAGUAAUAAUGGCGUCCCAGGUAAGAAGCAGUUACAGCUGCCCCCUAUCUUUGGGUCUAAAACUGUAACCACACCUUCAGCACCCAGCUAUACAAUGGCCAGUCGCCUUAAAACUGGGAGCUUCUAUGAGGACCUGCAGAAGACCCCAGGCCCAGCUGUUUAUGAAGCUGUGGACCCGUACAUUUCUAGGCAGAAACCUCCACAGUACAGCAUGAUAGGGAGACAUUUUCCUCCUCUAGACUCCACAAAGAAACCAUACUAUCCUGAGCGUGUAAGCUUCACAAGCCCAACAGCUCCAAGCUUUACAUUUGGACUGCGUCAUUCUCAGUACAUAUUACCAAUUUCCCAAUAG